UAGAAAGACUAUGUUGACGUAUAGCGAUAAAUAACAACAGAAACACGUAAUUGCACUAUUUUAUGUGGACCAGAGUUUUUCUGGAAGAUUAGUUCUAUAUUUAUUUUUAAGAAUUUUGCAAAACACUUGGACUAAAAUCUUAUAACUAUUUUCUGAUGGCGUCGGCAAACGAUUCAAAGUGGCAGAAGGAUGCGGCAGAUCAAAACUUCGACUACAUGUUCAAAUUAUUAAUAAUUGGAAACAGUUCUGUGGGAAAGACAUCUUUUUUGUUCCGAUAUGCUGAUGAUUCAUUCACGUCAGCAUUUGUUAGUACUGUUGGAAUUGACUUUAAAGUGAAAACAGUUUUCAGACAAGAUAAACGAGUCAAAUUACAAAUAUGGGAUACCGCUGGUCAGGAGAGAUACCGAACGAUCACGACAGCGUACUACCGAGGGGCCAUGGGAUUUUUACUCAUGUAUGACGUCACCAACGAGGAAUCAUUCAACGCGGUUCAAGACUGGUGCACACAGAUAAAGACAUACUCAUGGGACAAUGCCCAGGUGGUUCUGGUGGGGAACAAAUGUGACCUUGAGGAUGAGAGGGUCGUCUCCACGGAGAGGGGCAAACAGCUGGCAGACCAACUAGGCCUGGAGUUCUUUGAGACAUCAGCGAAGGAGAACAUCAAUGUGAAAGCUGUGUUUGAGCGCCUUGUGGACAUCAUCUGUGACAAGAUGUCCGAGAGUCUCGACACUGACCCAACCCUCGUGAGCAGCCAGGCCAAGGGGACACGACUCACAGAAAACCCCAACCCACAGUCCUCCAACUGCCAGUGUUAAUCGGAGUUGUCCUCCUUUGUACAACUGUAUUAAAUUGAUUUGAUUAGUAUAUCUAGUUUUGCACUGGUUUUAUUUAGAAAAUGCAUUUAUGAGAAACGUUGAAGAAUGUUGUAUGGAUAUUACAUGUUAGUAUUAAAAGGAUAAUAGCAGUGCAAAAGUAGAAUACUUUUUCAAAAACACAUGAUAAAUUUAGACUGUGUCAAAAUCUCCCUCAUUCAAGCACGCCUAUAGGAAUGACAGAGUAUAUAAAGACUGAUGGUUUGAUGAUAGUAUUUUAGAAAAAACACAUUUGAUGUAUUUGACAAAUAUAGCAGUAGGGAUUCUGAAAUUGCAUAAUGGUUCUCUUGAUGAAAAAUGGUGUUGUUCACAGUCAUGACAUAUAUGCAAAAGAAUGUUUUUGUUAAAACUUUGAUUGGUUUAGCUAAUUUGUAAUUUAAGAGCCAUGGAAAGUAUGGUGUUGAGAAGAUGAAUGGAAUUUUUAAAUGCAUAUACUGUGAAUUCAUUACAUUGAUGGAUACAGGUUCACCCAUAACAUGUAUGUGUUUAUUGCAUACUCAUUUGUCAUUCGGUAAAAUCCACACUACUAUUUCAUGUAAGGUGAAAGUCAUUAUAAGAACUAGUUACAGCACUCACAACCCAAGUUAUUCUGACUAUAUACAAGUGUAUAAUAUCAAUGACGAAGGUUGCAAGUGACGUAGCAGUGUUGUACCAUGUUGUCAAGGAUAAUCUUUAAUUUAUCUGCAUGGUAGUUAUAGAACAGUUUCACCCAUUCUUCUUGUUACCAUGCCGAUAAUGUGUAGAAGAAAACAAAAAAACAAACACUCAAACAUGGUACUACUUACUGUUUAAAUAUGGUGUCACUAUAUUAGACUAGGCCUAAUCUAAUUGUCUCAACUUCAAUAGUGUCAUAAUUUUUCUCCUCUUACAAAAAUGCCAAAGUCUUACAAUAUUUUUUUAGUCUGAAUAUUCUUAAGACUAAUUUAAUACUUCACAUUAUUAUUACUACGCAAUAUCUAGUGUUUUUUUACAAACAUUUAUAAGAUAACUUGAACGCAGAAGUUUUUGUGCAAUAUGAACAUUUUUACUUCUCAUAUUCAAAGAGUAAUGUCAUUAUAUUCCAGCCUAUAUACCAGUAAGCAUGCCAUAUAUGAAUGAUCUUCCAUUUAUGUAUACAUACAUACAUUUGCAAGGCUGAUGAAAAAUUGAAACUUUUAUCGUCAUACAAGAAUUAAAUAUUACAUAAAUCUUCUUCAUGUUUUCGCUAUAUUUAUCAUGAAUAUAUGGUGUGGAUUGUUGUUUCCAAGUAUUCCAAUUCGAUGUAGACAUUCCAUAAGCUGGAUGGGACCAAAAACAAAUACCUUGUUUUAAUUUACGUAGGUUAGUACAUGGUUAGGCCUUCCUUUUCAUGGUAUUUUAACAGGGUUUGGAGUUUGAAGUUAAGGAAAUUUUUAAUUAUUAUAAGUGAAGCAGACAUUCAUUAAUUAUGACAUGACCUUAGAAAAAAAGUGUCUUGUAUUUCUUUAAUGUUCAAACUUUAAAUUAAAUCCAUUUUCUUGGUGACAAAAUCUGUAAUAGAUUAAUGACAUGAAUUUGUUAGGAGGAUAGAGGUUAGCUCCAUACACAGUGUUGUGCAUGUAAGUGUUACAAAUUAAAUUUCCGUUCUACACAUAACUGCAAUAUUAUUAAGCCAGAGAAAUUUAAAUGUUACCUGUGUAUUAGAAUAUGUAAAUGUUAUUACCUGUGUAUUAGCAUAUGUAAAUGUUUUUUUCUGUGUAAGUUUGAUUGUUAUACUAACUGAUUGUGAUGUAAUAUUGUUGUUGCGUAUAUUUUACUGAAUGUAAGACUUGUUUUGCAUUUAUAAAUAAUUGACAUUCCUUGUCUGGUAUGACGCAUAGGGCCAAUCGUUCAGAACUUUGUUAAAGUUAAAGUUGUUAACAUCAUUUUUGUUAACUUUUAAAGUUUUUACUGCGCGCCUGUUUCUUCGUUCUUCUAAAUUUCUGACAAGAUUUGAGACAACUGCUUCACCUGUGCUUAUUUUAUUUAAAUAUGUGAACACAUGGUCAAAUAGCUCACCUAUAAAAGUCAACAAAGAUGCCAUUAACAACAUUGCUUACUUUAAUGAAGUUCUGAACACUCAGCCCAUUGUUUGUAUCUAGUUGUAUUUAUAGGCUAGUUGAUGUAUACAUACUUACACUCUCAUAUAAUCUCAUACACUUUACAUUGUAAUGCAUUCCCUCAAGCUGUAUUCAUAGAAUAUCUUAAGUCAUUUCUUAGCUUAAGUCAUUUACCUAAAAUUUUCAUGGUCAAAUUAAGUGUGUUUUACAUAAGAGAAUCAAACCAUGAAAAUGACAAAAUUCAGAUAUGAUGAAGCGAUUAAAUCUUAUGACAAAUGUAAAACUUAUUUUAAGAAAAUGACUUAUGUUUGGAAAUGACUCAACAUUUUUUAUGAAUACCAGCCUGUUCUACAUUAUAUCUAAUGAUACGGAUACAUGGGUUCAAUGUUAUGCGAACUUGUGUUGUGUUUUUGUUUGCAACUUCGUGCUAUUUAUGAUUGUUCACUGUUAGUGCAGAGCAUAAUGUAUUGGCACCUUCUAAAGAAUGUAUUCUUCAUUUAUUACAUACAACUCUCAUCAACUUACUCUCUCACAUUAAGUUUAAGGCUCAAUGCUUUAAUGUUUAUAUUACAAUAAACACUUGCCUUGUUUUUCUUUAAUUUUUUUUAAUUUUUAUUUUUUAGUCAUUUUUGGGUUGUGAUUUACUUUACAUAUUCAAUAUUUAUUUAUCUUUACUAGUUUGUUGUGAAUCUUCAUUGAGUCAUGUCUACACAGCUUUAGUAGUAUCAUUUAAUUGCCAGAAUGUAUAGCUUAUCACCAGAACUAGUGCUUUCACAUUGUCAAUGCAUAAAGAGGAUUUUAAGAUGGUUGGUUUUUGCAACAGAUUAAAAAUGUGUUCAGAAUUUGGGGAAAAUGCUGGAUUAAAUUUUAUAAAUGAUACCUACGACUCCCGGACCCUUCUUACACUAUUCUCCAUUUCUGAAGCUCAGGUUACCAGGUUAUAUCAGCUAUUGUUCUGUUCUGUUUUCUUCUAGUCUUGUUAUGUUCUGAAUAUUUUAUUUGUUGUUGUUAGUUCAGUUAAGAAUUUAUUCCAUAGUUUUGUUUUUGAGUUUAAAGCUUUAUUGAAGAUUACUUUUAUCAAGUGCAUUUAGAAAAAAGAAUCAUUUUCAUGAAACAGUGUGCAAUUAAUUGAAAUUGUUUUUGCUCCGAAAUCCAUGUAUAAGUGCAAUAAAAAGUUUUUUGGUUUUCAAGAAACUACUGUCUGUAAUGAAAUCCACAUCAAUUUUUCAUAAAUUUAAUGUAAAUUAAUGUAACCAUACCUUGAUGUUAUCUUUGCUAGUGCAGCAAUAUUUUAUUAUAAAGCUUACUAAUAAAUUUUUUUAUGAUCGUUCACAAAAGAAACUUACUUGAAAUUUUAACAUACAUAAUAUAUACCAUGAUGUAAAAACAGUACUACAGACUGUUGUAUAUGUAGCUAUCGUCUGAUUAACAAGCAUAUACUCUUGUACUUAUAAUUACCCAUACUGCUUUAUACAUUUUAUUCUUGUAGUUUUGUGAAUAUUUCCAAACAAACUGUUUAAUUGGCUUAUCAUAUGCUUUUGGGUAAACUGUCUCUAUAUUUUGUGAUUGGUAGGGUCCAGUUUUUCCAGUUGAAUCUCUUUACUAAGAUCUGAUAUUUUGGUUGUUUUAUUUGAUGCACAGUGUUACGUAGGACCAUGAUAUUUAUCCUGUAUUGAAGUAACUAUAUUGUAAAUAGCUCAUCAUUUAUAUGUGAUAGUGUUGUUUGAGUGAGUUUUCACAUACCAGUAGGAUAUUUUACAACAUUUAUAUCAUAAGAUAAAUUGAAACUUUUUUUACUUUAAAGAAACUUUUUUUUGAAAAUGAAAUUAAAUAUACAGUUGUUUUUCUAUUAAAAAUGCCACUAUAAAACAUAAUUCUAUAUAAGCUCUCUGGAAUAUUUUGCCAAAAUAGGAAAUCAUACAUAAGAGGUGUAGAUAGUGGUUGUUACAGUUACUAGAGUUUACAGGACUCAACACUCACAGGGAUGAACAAAUUAUUGAUCAGGACAGGAUUAAGAGCUCUCAGUAUCAGAAUUCUACACCUUUAUAUUUUGUCCAAUGGAAUGGCAGUAUUUUUCAAAUCUGUGGUACAUUUACUUUUGUUAAUCAGACUUGGUUAAUCAGUAGACAUCCGGUAUUAUUUAAUCCGGUGAAUCAGUAGCUUUAACCAGUGGCUGGGCCAGUAGACACAAUAUAUUACCAAGCUGGUUGAAGGGUAAUUGGUAUGCAUUUAACAGAAUAAAACAGUUACUAGACUUUGUGGCAUUAAAUAUGUAUUUCGUUAAAUGCCUACUAAUAACCUUGUAUCAUUACAUUAAGUAUUUUCCAUUAAAAAACGCUCAGAAGGACUUUGCGAUAGAUGUAAAGGGCUCUGAAAAACCAUUUCAUCAGCUUAACAUGGCUUUAGGUUUGAACUGUACAUACGCAAACAAAAUUUUCAGAUUUUACAGGUUUUUCUUCAUCCCUGUGCUUUAUAUUCACAAAACAAUUUAAGGGUAAGAUUCAGUUACAUUUUUGUUUCAUUAAGAGUACAUCAUGACAAAAAUUUUCAUUUUCGUUAUGAUUUGAAAUGACACAACUUAGCACUGGCAUAAGAGUAUACAUGUUUUUGUAAAAUAUAUAUUGUUCUAGUAAAAAUAAGAAAAAUCUAUCAACAUUUUCACUUCUGAAUCUAUUUUAGGAAUCCAAAAUGCGUGUAGAAGUUGUAUUCAUGUUAAUUACAUAUUGAUUGUUUAUUUGGUUGGCUUAGACAUUUUGAACACUAAAGUACUUGUUUCCAUAUUUCCAAUAUAUCCACAUGACAUUGUUUUCUUGUAAUUAGGUAUACUGUGAGAGUGACAAAAAAGAAAUAAACUUGAUGGUUAGCACUA